ACAGUUUCAAAGUUUAUUUUUAAAGAGUAUUAAUCUGAUGCAAAUAGCUAAAUUGAAUAGUCUGGACAAUAAAUCCUGGGCAUAAAAUGCAUAUAUAAAAAUAUAACUGACAAACGAGGAAACAAAUUCAAUUAGGAUACUUGAGCAAAUGGAAAGGUUCACCAGAUGCCUAGGGAAGGCUUAGGAAUCCUGUCUUUAAAUGGGCAACUGAGCCGCUGGACUCACGUGAUGCCUUUUCCUUUGGCCUCUUUCCACAGUCAACCAAAAAUUCGUGAAGGAAAGCACAUGAGGAGGGAGACACAUUGUAUGGCUUGAAAUUCUGACAGAAACGUGGUUCAUGGCAGUUUGUGAAUUCUCACACUUCAGUGUUCUGUUUUCUUUGGGAAUAGGCAGGUUACAAACCCACUGGUUGAUGCUGUAAUGGUCUUCCUCCAAAGAGGUGAAAAUGAGCUAUUUAAAAAUUUGUUCUGAGCAUUUUAAAAUCUUUGCCACUGUGGUCUUGUCGUCUUUGGACUGGGAAUCUCACUAAGUGAGACUUAUGUCUUUGAGGUAACACUCUAAGGUAAUGAUUUCCAUUCUUAUGGAUUAAUAAUACAUAUUUUCUCUCCAACUGCGGCAACACACAACUAAAAGAAGUUAAGCAUUGUUUAACCUGUGGGUUAAUCUUACAAAUUCUAGUGUUUUUAAAAAAAUCACACACUAUAUGUAUAUAAAUAUAUGUGUAUGUUUACUAUGAAUGAAUAUAAAUCUGAAUAUAGACACAUAAUACUAUAUAUAUGUAUGUAUAUACUUACUGUAGGUGUAUAUGUACUGCUAUACCCACCCCCUCCACAUAUUGAAAGAGAUCUCGAAGACUUACAAGACAGAUAUUUAUAACACCAGACUAUUGAAGCAUAAUAUAUUUAACAGUCACAACAUACCUUUAUGGAUGUAGACACAAACCUACAUAGAGAACGAUGAUUAGAAUGCAAGCUGACUUGAUUAACUUUAGAUAAACUCAAGAAAUAGAAGUGCAAAAUAAAACAUACACGAUACCCUUUUUUAUUUUUAGCUCGACUGUUAAAAAGCCAAUUAUCUACCUGUGAAUGUAUACCACGCACUGCACCGCACCGUACUUUGAGGACACUUCAUAGUCAGAAGUGAGAAAGCGUCUGCCCCCAACUGUCAUUGCCGCUAUGAAAUUGCUAUUAAAACAGAAACCUGAAAGACUUAGUACCCAGCUCUGUGUGAUCAAGGAAAACCUGGGCAUGAGUUGGCUGAGGACUGUCUUGCUGAGUCCUCCGUGCUCACCGAGUGGGAGGGUCACACUGAAGGGACGAAUAAGGGCAGAGAUGCGUCCCGCUUCCACUCGCUGGGAGCUGGAGCGGGCCACUCCGCGGCGGUGCGGCAGCCCUGUCCGGACUCCACCGCGCCUCCCAGGGGCUCUGACACCAACCCAAGGUAAGCUGCGCAGCUCUGCCACAUUUUGCUUGAUGUUGCCUUCACAAGCCCGGUCUCUGCCAUAUGCUGUAUUUCUGGUCAUUUGCCUGCAUCUGCUUUUAAAGAAAAUGUCACAACCGUACUGCACAAGUGCACAUAUUUCGAGGGGAAAAUCUGCCCACCUGCAUUCCCACGCGGAGACGAGGGGACCGAGUGCAUUUGGCCAGAUCAGGCCACUUUGACACGCUGCCUAUAAUGUGGCUCGUGUUUGUGCGUCCAGGUCACGCGGGCUCGCGCGUUCCACUUUAGUUCUCGGUGGAUUUUCUGGUUGGGUUUGGGAAGCAGAAGUGUAUGCGAUGCUGAUGCGGAUGGAAGGCACGCGAGCUAUGGAAGAAGGGGUAAACGAACAGAGCAAGCUACGAAUGCUGUGGGGCUGUGGUCUCUAGGGUUGGAUGCUGUAACCGGGAGAGGUGAAAGCCAGGACGCAAAGCUCGGACGCUCGUGUACCCGGUGGAGUUACCCACUUCGACCCGCGCGGGGGUCCCAAGCCCGGCUUAGGCUGUCGCGGAGGAGGAUCCGGGUCUGGUCCCGGAGUACCUGGCCCUGUGUCUCCUUCAACACGCAGAGUGCGCAGCGCGUCCAGCCGGAGCGCAGCCGCUGUCCCCGCUGUCCUCGCAGCCGCGGCCGCCGCGGGGACGUCAGGGUCCCGGCGCAAAGGGCCGGCGCCUCGCCUCCGCCCGCGGCCCUCGGCUCUGCGGGAAUCCGGCCGGCGCCGCAGCCACCGCCGCCUGGAGGAGGGAGGCGGCGCGCAUGGUCCUGGAGAAGUUUGUUGGCCCGGAACCAAGCGCGCCACUGCACAAGCCAGCUCCUUUGAAGCAGGCGGGAGAUGAAGCUUAACCUUACCCCAGCUAGGUCGUGGAGGGCUCUGGAACUAGUUGAGUGGGUGGGCAGGUUACCCACGUGGGCCCCGUGCCAUGGGGGACAGAGGGGAACGCAUGGUGGGUCUCGGAGGACAAUGGACUCGGCAAUGGAGAGAAUGGGACCCAGAUGCUGAAAAUAUAUACUUUUAAUAGAACCAUCCAGGAAUUGCGACAGUGGGUGAUGUGAGAUCUAGAGUGAGUGAGCUGGGAGAUGGAAGGGUAACAGAAAUAAAUUGUGCAGCCUCCACCCACCCCAUCACCAAUUCAGACUACUUACUUCCAACCUCUCCUUGGAGAGGAGGUCUGAGGAGCAAAAGGGAUGAGAGAGUACUAGAGGCGCUUUAGAAGAAUAUACAUCUGCCCACCCCCACUCCCACUAAUCAGAGCUAAGGAAAGCAACACUCCUGUACAAAUCAAGGACUACAGUUGUUCUUUAAGGGAGGAAGAAGCCUGGCCGAGAAGGGUGGCCUUUAGGUUCUCCUGAGUAGAUCUGUGGCCAUUUGUUUCCAUGGUUACAAGGCACAAUGAGGCACACUGGCUCUUGGAAAUUGUGGACCUGGGUGACAACCUUCCUGCUUCCUGCAUGUACCUGUCUGACAGUCAGGGACAAGCCAGAAACAACCUGCCCUACACUGAGAACAGAGAGAUAUCAAGAUGACAGAAACAAAUCUGAAUUGUCAGGCUUUGAUCUGGGAGAAAGCUUUGCUCUGAGGCAUGCGUUUUGCGAAGGUGAUAAAACCUGUUUCAAGUUGGGAAGUGUGCUUCUUAUCAGAGACACUGUUAAGAUAUUUCCCAAAGGCCUUCCAGAGGAAUACGCUAUAGCUGUCAUGUUUCGGGUACGAAGAAGCACCAAAAAGGAACGGUGGUUUUUAUGGAAGAUUUUAAACCAGCAGAAUAUGGCCCAGAUAUCUGUAGUGAUUGAUGGUACGAAGAAGGUGGUAGAAUUUAUGUUCCGAGGUGCUGAGGGAGAUCUGUUGAACUAUGUUUUUAAGAAUCGAGAACUCCGUCCACUCUUUGAUCGUCAAUGGCAUAAACUUGGCAUUGGCGUGCAAUCCCGAGUCCUUUCUCUCUAUAUGGAUUGCAAUUUAAUUGCAAGUCGACACACGGAAGAAAAGAAUUCUGUGGAUUUUCAAGGAAGGACAAUUAUUGCUGCACGAGCUUCAGAUGGCAAACCUGUGGAUAUCGAACUUCACCAACUUAGAAUCUACUGCAAUGCAAACUUCCUAGCUGAAGAAUCAUGUUGCAACUUAUCACCUACUAAGUGUCCAGAGCAAGACGACUUUGGAAGUACUACUUCAUCCUGGGGGACCUCUAACACUGGUAAAAUGUCUUCAUAUCUGCCAGGAAAGCAGGAACUUAAAGACACAUGCCAGUGUAUUCCAAACAAGGAGGAAGCAGGAUUACCAGGAACUCUCAGAUCCAUUGGACAUAAGGGCGACAAAGGAGAGCCGGGUGAACAUGGCUUAGAUGGUACUCCAGGAUUACCUGGUCAAAAGGGAGAACAAGGACUUGAAGGCAUCAAGGGAGAAAUUGGUGAAAAGGGUGAACCAGGAGCCAAAGGAGACUCUGGUCUGGAUGGCCUCAAUGGACAAGAUGGUUUGAAAGGUGACUCGGGUCCUCAAGGUCCACCUGGCCCAAAAGGAGACAAGGGUGAUAUGGGACCUCCAGGGCCACCAGCCUUAACUGGCUCCAUAGGAAUCCAAGGUCCCCAGGGUCCACCUGGCAAAGAAGGCCAAAGGGGAAGACGAGGGAAAACAGGACCCCCAGGAAAUCCAGGACCUCCAGGACCACCCGGACCUCCUGGGUUACAAGGACUACAGCAGCCUUUUGGUGGAUAUUUCAAUAAGGGAACUGGUGAGCACGGAGCUAGUGGCCCCAAAGGAGAAAAGGGCGAUACUGGGCUGCCUGGAUUUCCAGGGUCUGUUGGCCCUAAAGGACACAAAGGAGAACCUGGGGAGCCUUUAACAAAAGGUGAAAAGGGAGAUAGAGGAGAACCCGGCCUAUUAGGACCACAGGGAAUAAAGGGGGAACCUGGAGAUCCUGGUCCCCCUGGUUUACUAGGAAGCCCAGGGCUAAAGGGUCAGCAAGGACCUGCAGGUUCCAUGGGGCCCAGAGGACCACCAGGAGAUGUUGGAUUGCCAGGAGAACAUGGUAUUCCAGGAAAACAAGGCGUUAAGGGAGAAAAGGGAGAUCCGGGUGGAAGGCUAGGCCCUCCUGGACUUCCAGGUCUGAAGGGUGAUGCUGGGCCUCCAGGGAUAAGCCUGCCAGGGAAACCAGGGUUAGAUGGAAAUCCAGGAUCACCUGGUCCACGUGGGCCAAAGGGUGAAAGAGGUCUGCCUGGGCUCCACGGUUCCCCCGGGGACACAGGCCCACCAGGUGUAGGAAUCCCUGGUAGAACAGGCUCCCAAGGACCAGCCGGAGAGCCAGGUAUUCAGGGUCCUCGAGGUCUGCCUGGAUUGCCAGGAACUCCAGGGAUGCCAGGGAAUGACGGAGCUCCAGGGAAGGAUGGAAAGCCAGGCCUUCCAGGCCCCCCAGGUGACCCGAUCGCACUUCCUCUCUUGGGAGACAUUGGAGCCCUGCUGAAGAACUUCUGUGGCAACUGUCAAGCCAAUGUCCCUGGGCUGAAAAGCAUCAAAGGCGAUGACGGAAGCACUGGGGAGCCUGGAAAGUAUGAUCCUGCAGCCAGGAAGGGUGAUGUAGGGCCACGAGGUCCUCCGGGAUUCCCAGGCAGAGAAGGGCCAAAGGGAAGCAAAGGAGAGCGGGGCUACCCUGGAAUACACGGGGAGAAAGGCGAUGAGGGUCUUCAAGGAAUCCCUGGCCUCUCGGGAGCUCCUGGCCCAACUGGACCCCCUGGCUUAACAGGAAGAACUGGACAUCCUGGUCCCACUGGAGCAAAAGGUGACAAGGGUAGUGAGGGACCCCCUGGGAAACCUGGACCUCCUGGACCCCCUGGUGUCCCGCUCAAUGAGGGAAACGGCAUGAGCAGUUUAUAUAAAAUCCAGGGAGGGGUGAAUGUUCCCGGUUACCCAGGACCUCCGGGCCCCCCAGGUCCAAAAGGUGAUCCUGGCCCAGUGGGAGAGCCUGGUGCAAUGGGCUUGCCAGGACUAGAAGGAUUUCCUGGUGUAAAGGGAGAUCGAGGCCCAGCAGGCCCCCCAGGCAUAGCCGGCAUAUCGGGAAAACCAGGUGCCCCAGGCCCUCCAGGAGUACCAGGGGAGCAGGGUGAAAGAGGACCUAUUGGAGAUACAGGUUUUCCUGGACCAGAGGGACCCUCGGGGAAGCCAGGCAUAAAUGGAAAAGAUGGAUUACCAGGUGCUCAGGGCAUCAUGGGUAAACCUGGCGACAGAGGCCCCAAAGGAGAACGCGGUGAUCAGGGAAUUCCAGGAGACAGAGGCCCUCAAGGUGAACGUGGGAAGCCAGGUCUUACGGGCAUGAAGGGGGCUAUAGGCCCUGUGGGACCAGCAGGAAGCAAGGGCUCCACUGGGCCACCUGGCCACCAAGGCCCUCCAGGCAAUCCUGGCAUCCCUGGCACUCCGGCUGAUGCUGUUUCAUUUGAAGAAAUAAAACACUACAUUAAUCAAGAAGUCCUAAGGAUUUUUGAAGAGAGGAUGGCUGUGUUUCUAUCCCAGCUUAAACUGCCAGCAGCAAUGUUGUCUGCUCAAGCUCAUGGAAGGCCUGGCCCACCAGGGAAGGACGGGUUACCUGGACCCCCAGGAGAUCCAGGGCCCCAAGGCUACCGAGGACAGAAGGGAGAAAGAGGUGAACCUGGAAUUGGGCUGCCGGGGAGUCCGGGUCUUCCUGGAUCUUCAGCAGUGGGUUUGCCGGGCUCACCAGGUGCCCCGGGGCCUCAAGGACCCCCGGGACCCAGUGGAAGAUGUAAUCCAGAAGAUUGCCUCUAUCCUGCACCUCCUCCCCACCAGCAGGCAGGCGGGAAGUGAAAAAGACGGAGGAAGACAUCGCGUCUAGUGCUAUCUCCAGGCCACUUGAGCCGCCACUGCAGGCUUCACAACCACGUGCUCUCAAGGCUUAUGAGUUUUUGGACUGCUUUAUUUUAGUUUUCUGAUACAGAAGCAGACAUCCAAAGCAACCAUCUGAGUCCUAUUCUGACAGUAAGAGCAGAUCCGUAUUUUCAGAUGUUUGCCAACUUCUUUCCAUAUGUUCUGUUUCAUUGUGGCUCUGAGUUCUACGGCUUCGGAAGAAAAAUGCAAGCGAGCCUGUCAUGGGCUCUUCAGAAAAAAUCACGUGAGACGAUUUGGUACACAGACGACACAGACCUUGUGAACUCGUCAACGUGACUAGGUUUUGAUUCCUGAAUUUUAACUUUUCUAAUUUAUCUUGAUUAUUUUGUUCAUAUUUAAAUUUACUAUCGUUACUUUAGUUUUUCUUUCUGCUCUUUUGAGAUUGAAGUAGUACAUUACUGCUGUUGACUGUCUUAGGACUGAUUUUUACAAGAAGUCCUAUACUGUCCUACAUUCAUUCGAUUUAUGCAGAAAAAAAUAUGCAAUAAGAGAUUCGCUUCUAACUUAUUAAAAACAAAACUAUGUGAGACUGUUUAUCAAGAAGCCCCCAAACUCAUCAUAGCCAACAUGCUUUUGGCUUUUUUUGGAGCACGCCUCACUGACACGAACACAUGCUACAUUUAAAAAAAAAAAAAAAAAAAUGAAGAAUCAACUUGACCCUAUACCCAAGUCUGUGAGUCUCCGAUGGUGAACUAAAAGUGGUUUGUCUUCUCGAAGCCAUUCUUGGUGGUAAAGGCGCCAUGCUGUCUUUGGUACCUGACAGGUUUUAGCAGCCUAGCAAGACCUUUGUGCUUCUUUAUGCAUUCUUUUUUCUGACUUUAUGAUCCCCAGGCCCGACCCGCCAUCAGAGAAAAGCACAGGAUUUGUAAUGACGCAGAAAAGAGGAGUCCUCGUCUUGGAAACUGAGAGCGGAGGGUCAGCAAAGGCAUGUUGAGUGAGUGAAGCCCUCGUGCUCUUAAGAAGAUUAAUGUUUUCUCAGAAACCAUCGAAAGGUCCAGCUCAGCAGAGGAAAGCCAAGAGACUUCACCCGAAAGUCACUACGAGCUUCAAAACCGCGUGCUCGGGGUUAGGGAUUUGACUUCGCAGUGGAGAGCUUGCCUAGCAAGCAGCGUGGCCUUGGGUUCCGUCCUCAGCCCCGAAGGAAAGAAACAAACUUGCUCUGAAAGGAAGCAAAAUCCCAGUGGUCUUGGCUGAAUGUCUUUUUACUCCCUACCUGUUCAUUGCUUGGAGAAACCUUGGGUGGGGAAAACUGAUUUGCUAGAAUACUGAGCACAAGGUACAAGGGCUUUGCUGAUAGUUAGCUGGUGGGUACCACUGACGCUGAGAGCAUGCCACCAGAGCCCUUCAGUCCCAUGCCUCUAAGAGCUCAGGAUUAGAGGGGAUGAUUUUGGUCUGUUCAUUGAAAAAAGACAAUGGGUAUAGAAAAGCAACCCACUGAAAGUGGGAAAAGCUGUGAACAGUGUUUUCCUGAGAAGCAUGCCUGACAUAAGGCAGCGUUUGUUUAAAUGCACCCAUGAUUUGAACUGGUUUUCAUUAUAAACAGAUGAGCUGCUGGCCCGGUACUGUCAACAUGGCUGUGCAUAAAAUAACCUUUUAGGUAUUUCAUAUUGAGUUUUGCUGUAUAUUUCAAUCCAAGUUUAUUUAUUUUCCAAGUCUACUUUAUUUAUUUCCACUGUUUUGGGCUUGAAAUUGCUUAUUCCUUUGUUUUCUUUUGUAUUCAAUACCUACAAUGGUGCUCUGUUUUAAACUUGCACAAUUGGAGUAUGCAAAUGUUUGCUUAUGUAUCUUCAUAGCCAACUGAUAAUCUACCCCCUAAAUGUAUAUAAGGUGAAAAGUUGGUGCUAUGUGUAUAUUUUGAGCUUCUAAUUUGUUGAAUUUUCUGAAAACAUACACUUUACCUGACAUAUUAAUUUACUUGAAUUUGCUGUAUAGCAAAGACUUUUCUAUGUUUUCAAAGAUUAUUUUUCAUAUUAAUUGACAGGUUAUUUAUCCUUUUGCAUUUUGGAUUAUUCAAAAAUAUUUAUUUUGUAAUUUUAAUAUUUUCACGGACAUUUGGCUGGUGGUGGGCGAUUAGUGUAUUUGGGUGUUUGGGUUUUUUUGUUUGUUUUUUUGUUUUUUGGUUUUUUUUUUUUUUUGGUUGAUCAAUUGAUAUGAUGCAACUCAUUUUCUUGUUUUGCAAAUUAUAUUUACUUCAGUUCCACAGAACAGAAUUCUUUCUUACAAAUUGGAUGGUUCUUACUCCUCCUUUUUCUAAUUUUUGUGACUGUGUGACUGGCUUAUCCCUGUUUCAAGGAUUUAGAUUUGUCCCCAUGGCUUGAGGAGUCUGUCACAGUGAUUCAAGCUCAUUUUUAGAGCUUGGGACAUGUGACUGAAUCUGACAUAACCAGAGAGAUGGGACUGGGUUAUACAGCUCAAACCAUCAAUCUACUGUUAUUAAUCUUCAGAUUUUCUUUUCUUCUGCCUUGGCUCUAUUUGUAACAAAAGGCUUUAAGGAGCACUUGGUCAGGCUAACACAACAAAGAAAUUGGCAGGUUCUCAGCCCCUUCGUAAAAACGAACAGGAUAAUUUGGUCCCCAAAGCAGGAUAAGGAAUAUCCCACUAACUAACCAUUUGUUCCUGGUAUUGUUUAUAGCAAAGGAAAAGAAUUAUCGAUUUUCUCUCAUUUUGUACUUCAGAUAUGCUUUAAAUACAAAAUAAUUACAGGCCAAAGUGGCAAUGUUAAAACUGUUUUUUUUUUUUCCAUAAACAAGGAUGUCUGAAUUCAAGUCCUAAAUUAUGCCAGUUCAGUUAGCAAUUUUUGGUAGAAUUUUCUUAUGUAGAGAAGAUCUGUCCUCCAUUAAGAUCUGCUUUGCUUUUAGAAUCUAAAGAAAGAGAAUAUAUGUGUGCAUUGUUCCUCCCAGCUGAAAACAUCGGCUAUUACUCCUAACCACAGUGGAAGUCAGUCUUAAGUUCUUCAACUUCUUACCUUAACCAGAGCUGUGCAAUCACUUCAACCUUGUGUGGUCCCCCCCCCCCACACACACACACACACUUUGGAAAAUUAAACCUUUGCCUACUUAUAGAGAUUAAGGAAUUAUUUUAUGAUAUACUGCCUAAAUUCUAGUUUAAUGCUCAGCUUAUAAAGUAAUUUCCAUGACUAUGUCUUAGACAUUAAUUAUAGUUUAGCUCUUCUGCAGCUUCUCCCACUUCAGAGAAGCUUAUGAUAUACCUCCUAUUGUCCACAAGAUGGUGUCUGAGGCAAUUUGUUCAGAACUGAACACAGAUUCACAGAAGCCUAGAACCUGGAAAAGUCUGGUGAACAAUUCAGUCACACAUUGGCCUUUGCACUUUAUUUUUGGAAAUAUUCUUUGUAAAUUAUAUUUCAUUUUACUAAUUAGUAUUUUUACAAAUUUUCAGUAUCUUUGUAAAGCAGGCACAAUAACUUUUGGUUUGUUGAUUUUUUUCACUUGUAUUUAUUGACUGUGUGUAUACCCAUACUUGUAUGAAAAUCUGCUAUAAGGUUGUCUUAUGCUACUAUUGUAUUUUAGUGACUAAUGAUCACACACCGGCACACAACUGCAUUCAUCCUCCCAUGCACACAAAGCAGAUACUCUUUUGACAAAUGAAAACACUUAGCUUACCACAAGAAGUAGACAAUGUAUACUGCAUGAUGUCUAAACUCUUAACUGCACUAGAUAAAUUUGUACAGGGUCUAUUUUCCUAGAAACAUGGCACUAUUUAACAAUGGUUUUCAGAAUUCCAUCUUUUUCUUUUAAUGCCAUCUUUUUUCCAGUGUUGGUAAUUCUAUCCAAGACAGAAGUAAGUCCAGUGAUGCUGAGGCUGUCUGAAUGACCUUUGAAUGACCUUUGAAUGACCUUUGCAUGACCUUUGGAAGAGCUGAGCAGAGUUGACCUUUGCCCUUGUUCUGAGUUACUUUUCCUACUUGUUAUCUGCAUCUACUUUGUAAAGAUUCAUGGUGUUUUCUAUCCUGGCUACAUAGCAGGGACUACACUCCCCACCCUGGCCCUUUUACUCCUCUUCUCCCAGAGAUUGACCAGACCUCUAUGAGGAGAUUCCUAGCAGAAUUUAAUUAUUAACCCUUUAAGUCAUGUGCAUCAAUGUCAAGUCGAUCAUAGGCAUUCAUUCGUCAGCCAGUAGGUAUAGUAGCAUUUGUUGUGUUCAAUUUGUUCAAUGAAGAGGACUUACAGGAAUCAGGAAAAGAGGUUAUCUGUGUUUCUAUUUAUUAAUGUAGUUGGAGCUAUCAUGGUAACAUUUCACUGAGCAAAAUCAUAUAGAAAAUUUCAUCAUUUUGGUUGAAUUGACCUCAGCUCCAAGAGGACACAGGGAACACUAGGGCAGAUAAGUAGACCCAGCAAGAAAAAAAAUUAUCCAAAAGAUGAUACAAAGCUAGGAACAUCUACAUGGAAAAACUUUCAAGAUUAAUUCCAGUAGUGCUUUGUGGUAGAACUCAAGAAGUGAACUUCUUGCUUCAGCAAUGUAGGCAUCACUAAACUCAGGAAUAACAACUUAAAAUUUAACUCAAGUCUGGUGUUGGCUUGACCAUAAUAAACUUACGAGCAUCUUAAACUAAAGAUGCAAUUUUACAACUUUUUAUUUUGCUGUGGUACUUAAGGAGUUUUGGGAGAAUAAAUACUUUGGGUGAAUUUAAAUUCCGAUUGUGUUACAGAAUAACUACUUAUUUUAAAAAUAAUAUUUGGGGGGUGUAUUUUUAUCCAUUUUGUUUGUUCACUAUCUUACCUCAUCAUCUACUUAAGGUUUAAUUUUAUUACACUUAUGUUAAGUGGAGUGCUACUCCGUUUAUUAAAAACCCUGGUGAAUCUAUGCUUGCAGGCAUUGCCUCCUCUAGCUUUAUUAUGUGCAGUGAACAUGUUUCCUCUCUCAGCAAUAAAGGAGUCGACUAUAAAUCAGGGAACUCCAAGGUGCGAUUCUUAGCACUGUGUCUACACUUUAGCCCUUCUCAGCAGCCGAAGCGGGAGAACAAUUCUAUUCUGCUAAGUCUUAGCCACACUGAAGAAACUUCAUAAUCAGUCUCACGCCAGGAGCAAACCCACAGCAUCCAGGGAACCUGAGACUGCUCUAUUCCAAGUACUCACAGUUUGAACUUAUAACCUACCUCCCUGGCAGCUCAUGAAAAGACCAGUAUAUUGAUUUCAGAUGAGAAUUAUAAACAACACCAACAGCCAGAGGGAGCCCAAAAUGAUGCUCUCUUCUAGCAGAGACUAAAAUCAAUUUAGACUCUUUGCUGGAGAGAACUCGAAGAAAGCUAAGAAGCAUCACAAGUAAUUGUCCCCUUUUAAUAAGUUUGUCAGUGUGUCAAUAAGUAUUUAAAUGCACACUGUGUUUUCUAACAGAAAUUAAUUAUGAUAAAAUAGGCCAGUGGCUUUGUGUGUCUCUAUGGAUUAGCUAAUGACUUAAACAGUUCUUGACUGUUCUUACCUUCAUAUUUCCUCAUGAUAAAUUAAGUAGGUGCUCUCUAAGGAAUAUUAUUAUCUUCUCUUAUGCAGCUGUGGACUUGGAGAACAAAUAAAAACACAUCAAAACAGACUUAAAUAAGAAGACACAGAUCCCAAAAAGUUUCUUAGAGUCAAUUUCCCCCAUUUGUUCUCUUUAGAAAUUAAUGUGGAAUGAAAGGCAUUAUACAAAAACAUGGUGAAAAGAAAGUUAGUGUUAAUCGCCAUUUAUUAAGACUACAAAUAUUUAUCACACAGAAUCCUUCCAACAACCAAAUCUAUCAAAUAUGCUACAGUUCUUCAGAUAGCAUUCUAAAUACAAUUUGAGUACGUAUAUUGCAUAUGCGGUAUUACAAUCAGCCAAUUUAUCUAAUAUAUUCUGAGCCAACAUAUAUCACAGUUCAGCAUCACAAGUUUAUUUUUUAAAAAAAAAACUUAAGUACAUACCUGGAAUGUAUUUUACUACAUAAAAUGGCAAUCUACAAGUCUUAAGCACAAAUAUUAUCUUGUAGUUUUAAGAUGGCUUAGGACCAUUUUCAUUUGUACCAGAAUAAAUAAAGGCAAUUCCCUUGACAUUUGGAAUUAUUUGUGUCAUGAGUGAUUUUCAACCUCUACUGGUUAAUUUUAAACCUGAAUUUCAUACCUCAGAAACACUAUGAUAUCUCCAAAAUUAAACAGUACGAAAGCAGGGACUUAUAUUAAGCACACUUUGGGUCAGAUCUAAUAAUGUUUAAGGAUUGCAAUAUUGGUUUAACCAGCAUGAAAUAUAAAGUAUUCUGACUGACAGACAGAAGACAAUCACCCAGUCGCAUCAGUGAAUUUGUAUGCUCAGACUGCAAAAUGAUUUCCACAUUCCUUAACCAACCUGUUGGCUAUUUGGAGUGAGAAUUAAAUCAUACCGCCUUGGGAGCACUGAGCAGAAAUAAGCCAGAAAUUUGCUCUUGAUUAAUACGUUAGUGUCUAAGCAACUUUAAUUACCUACACAUUCCCCUCUUGGCAAGUUCUCAGGUGGACACUAUCCAACUUUUAAAACUACAUAAAAGCUGUGGAGAUCUCUGCUUUGCUAGGGGUGUAUAUGAGGUCUGCCUGUAUUCAGCAGCUGUCUUUCGCAGAGAGGGUUCACUAGGCAAAACUUGUUUGCUAGUUUUUCGUCAGGAAUUGGUGCAUCUGUAAGUUGUUUAAUUUAACUGAAAUUUACCAUAGAUUGUUCUUAUCAUUUGGAAUGUGCGAGUUUCGCAUAAGCUUCUGUAAGUGGCUGUUCCCAACACUACUUACUGUCUCUGUGGAGCUUGUUAUACAGCCUAGAUACGCAUCAGGUUUCUGUAACAGGUGGGUGAACUGAUAUUUGGAUUUUUUUAAUUUCUUACAAAUAUGACUUUAUAGAACUGAAGAACAUGUUUAAUUACAUAAUUUUUCUUUUUCUGUAUUUGAUUAUGUCACUGCAAUUAAAAUAAAAGCACUUUGAUGCAAAGAUCA